AACACACACACACAGAUACUCUGUCUAUUUUUCCUUCCACUUCUCCUGCUCCCCCUCUCUUUCUCUGUCUGUCCCUCUCUUCACUGCCGCUAUCCUGGUUUCUUUCUCUAACAGCUGUGAGAGGCCAAACGCUGAAGUAGAAGAGAAGAGGUGGGUCGCCGGCACUCUUAAAGUAGGCAGGAGUUUAUAAAAGUUAAUUGUGAAGCUGACAUCAGUGAAGAUGCUGGAGACACUGAGAGACAGAGUACUGGAGGUUUAUGAUGGCCUGUUAGCAGGAAGAGACAACCGGUUGAAGGAUUACCCUCUUAUGGAAAGUCCAGUUAAUAUGACUGCUAUUCUGCUUGCUUAUCUUUUCUUUGUACUGUAUGCUGGCCCUAAGCUUAUGGCCAACCGCAAACCUUUCCAUCUGAAAGAAGCCAUGAUCUUCUACAACCUGUCCUUGGUUGCCCUGUCUGUGUACAUUGUAUAUGAGUUCUUGAUGGCGGGGUGGGCCACAGGAUACACGUGGAGAUGUGACCCAUGUGAUUAUUCUGACAGCCCUAAAGGUCUCAGGAUGGUAAACGUAGCCUGGUUAUUCCUGUUCUCAAAAUUCAUUGAACUUAUGGAUACGGUGUUUUUUGUACUGCGUAAGAAACACAGUCAGAUAACUUUCCUGCACAUCUUCCAUCAUUCCUUCAUGCCCUGGACAUGGUGGUGGGGCGUGAGCUAUGCUCCAGGUGGAAUGGGCUCUUUCCAUGCUAUGGUCAACUCUUGUGUCCAUGUGAUCAUGUACUUCUACUAUGGCCUCUCUGCCGCCGGACCCCGCUUCCAGAAAUUCCUCUGGUGGAAGAAAUACAUGACUGCAAUCCAGCUGAUUCAGUUUGUACUGAUAUCCCUUCAUGCAACCCAGUGGUACUUCAUGAAGAGCUGUGACUAUCAGGUGCCUCUGUUCAUUCACCUCAUCUGGAUGUACGGAACCUUCUUCUUCGUGCUAUUCUCUAACUUCUGGUAUCAGGCGUACGUGAAAGGCAAGAGGCUACCAAAGAAUGACCAGCAGCCUGCCCAAAACAGCAAGGCCAAUGGAAGCACAACUCUGGCCAAUGGCUCAAUGGUGGUUUCAAACGGCCACAGCAUGCACCAUGAAAAUGUCUUAAGCAAUGGGAAGAAACACCAUGAGAAUGGUAGCACUCUCAACGGCAAGAUGAAGAAAGCCUGAGCACUUAUGGAUGAGAAGACCCAAAACGGAUGACCAGGAGAACCUGCACUUAUCACAAUGGAGUCCAAAGAGUGUUUUGGGACUGAUUAUUUUCAGAUUUUUUUUUUGAUUUUUUUAUGUACAUUUAAUUAGUACACGGGGAUAUGAGUGAGUUUGAUCCCUGUUUGUAUAUUGUUUUAUCCAUAAGUUAAUCUAAAAGAAAAUAAAUAUGAAGCACAAUGUAUGAAGAGAAGAGGAAGUGUAGUGACUGGUGGCAUCCUCAACUGAUGUUGCUCAUGACGUCAUAGUUCAUCCAAGCAGAAUGAAUUCACAAACGCACACCUGUGCCUUUCAUACUCCCCCAUUAGCAGACACUGUACAGUCAACAUAAGUAAACUUGAAUCACAUCUGUAAAUAUUUUUACCUUAUAAACAAAUGGAAUUGAUGUGGUAAAAAAAAUAUUGAAUUUAGAAUUAAUUUAAAUAAAUUCAAUUUUAAAAUGCA